AUGAGCACUUUCAAGACUCCGGCUUCUGGGCUUCAAGCGAGCGUCAAGAGGCAUCCAGAUCUGGCACUUUUCAAAAUCCCAGAGCAGUCUCCUCAAGGCACAAAGUUCAAAGACGUUUCCUUUGCUCAGUUCGAGCGGGAUGUUAAGCAGACGGCAAAAUAUUGGAAGGACAAGCUUUCUAACCUAGGCGUUCAAGAUAGGGCUGUUGUCGGUGUCUGGUUGAGGGGUUAUGCCUACUCAGAUACCGUCCAUAUCCAGGGUCUCAACUGGGCAGGAUACAUCCCUCAGCUGUUGUCUCUGCGCAUGACAGAUCCAACUGUUAUCUAUGAGCUCCUGCAGAAGUCCAGCGCCGUGGCCUUACUGCAUGAGCCAGACAACACUUCUCUCUUAAAGGAUAGCCCGGUGCCGACAUUCCCAGCCAGCGCCAACCACUUAAACACGGAUACAGCGCAACUUCCAGUGACCCCCUGGCAUCCCAGCAAUGACGACGAUGUACUCUUCAUUUAUCACACGUCUGGCUCGAUUUCAGGAAUACCAAAACUAGUACCUCUUACUGCGCGAUGGGUCAACUACACCCUAGAUCUGUCAACAUUUUUCGAGCAGCGGUCAAACAAGAAGAGGGAGAGGAUGGUUAGUGUCCACAUGGGAAGCUUCUGUCACCUUGCCGGAUCUGCCUUCAGCUGGAUUGCUGCCAAAGAAGGUUCAUGCGUCAUCAUCCCAAGCACUCUCCCUGCUCCGGUCCCCGAAGUGCGCACCAUGCUUGACGAGCAUGGCUUGACAUGUGUAUACCUGUUCCCGCCUGCUCUAUCUGCCCUGUUCAGUGAAGCACGCAAGGAUCCAUCUCUCCUAGCGUCUCUGAAAAAGGUUGACAAUGCAGGCUCUGGCGGCUUGAGCCUCGAUGUCGCAGAUCUGGAGUGGGCGCGCAAGAACGGAAUCUCAAUGUUCAAUGUCUUUGGUUCCACAGAAAUGGGCUUUGCUUUGAUGACAGAUGCUAGGAAGAACGACGAUUACCUUGAGUGCCACCCUACUGCCAAAAACGAGUUUAUCCCCAUCGGAGAUCCGCUGGCGUCGGGCGAGCAGCUACUUGAGCUAGUUGUGCCCCCAGAGGCGGCCAAUUGCCCAGUGCCCAGCUUUAGAUCUGCCGAUGGCAAGUUUCAUUCAGGCGACUUGUUCGUUGAGGUCAAGCCUGGCAAGUAUCUUUUCAGGGGACGCAACGAUAACUGGAUCAAGAUGGAAGCCUCCCUGCGAUGCGAUACCAUGUCUAUAGAGGCUAAUGUCAUGGAGACCUGUGGCGAGGAUCUUGUCAGCGCAGUGGUUGCCGUCGGUGUCGGGCGCCCUUGUCCUACUAUAAUUGUUGAGCCAAAGCAAGAGUGUCUACAAAGCGCCAACGAUACUGAUGAUGGGGAUUCGACGCAGCAGUUGAAAGAAGAUAUUCUGGAGCGGAUCACUCCAUUUCAUAAGCGAAGGUAUACACAUGAGCGAGUCGACGAUACGCGAUACAUAGUUGUUGUUCCGCAGGGGACGCUUCCUAGAACAGCUACAAAGGGAAAUGUGCGAAGGCAGGAGGUUGAGAAGGGAUUCCAGACGGUUCUGGAUGCCGUGUACGUGAAGUAG